UUUUCAGUGAUUUUAACAGUAUAUGACAGUAGGCGAGAAUCAGUAGCCGUCAGUAGUAGGAGUAGAAGUCAAAGACCUACCAAACGUGCUAAUUAUAAUAGUAGUGAAAUUAACAAAUUACAUUUAUAUAUAUAUAUAUAUUUAUAUAUAGUAUAGAAAGUUUUCUAACUUUUUUUUUUCAAAACUUUGAUCCUGUAAGUAGAUAGUGCGAAAAACAUCAAAAUACAAUUAAAGAAAAGAAGAAAAAAAGAGUGAUAACAAAUAAAUCUUUUAUGGAGUGAGUAAUGUGAUUAUCAACAAUUAUUCCAAGUUUAUUUAUCAUUUAUUGAAUACUUGGUGACAUCAGUCUCGAUUGUUGACUUAUAUUGUGUAAAAAAAAUUGACUUCAGGGAAUUUUAGACGCGACAUGGACUUCAUCAUAUUAAAGGUGAAUGGACAGGAUGUAUCAACUUCUAGUCAUGAAGAUGCAAUACGUUGUUUUCAAUUGGCUGAGGAACCUAUUAUUGUUGAAGUUUUGCGUCGACAUCCUAGUGAACUUAUCGCCUCGAAUAAUGAAGACAAAACAGAUUAUAAUAAACAAGAUAAGAAUAAAUUAACAGCUGCGACUGACGAUGAUAGUUUUGUUAAUGAUAUACAACAGAUAAAUGAGGAAAAAACUGAUUAUGAAACUAGUGCAUUAGUGUCAACAGCUGUGCAAACUGAUUGGGCGGGAUUAAUUGAAGAAGAUUUUCUACCCGUUUCUGUUGGUGCCGAGGAACAAGUUCAUGAUUUUUUGACACACGACAUUGACUUCGAGGAAGUAACGUUGGAGAAAAAUGAAUUUGAUGAAAAGAUCGGAUUAACAUUUGGCUAUAGUUCUGCUUCUGGAAGUGACGAUGCUGAUACAGAGAUUUAUAUAUCAGAAAUAAUUCCUGAAAGUCUCGCCGCUCGUGAUGGACGUCUACGAGAAGGAGAUCAAAUACUUCAAGUCAAUGGAAAAGAUGUUAUAAAUAAAGAACAAACAUUAAAUCUCUUUGCUGAAACUAAUAAUGCAGUUACGAUUCUCGUCAGUCGUAAUCUUUAUCAGGGCUCAAUGUCAGAUUCGCCAGAACAUGUACCAGCUUAUCAAAAUACAAUGAUUGAACAAUUAAUACGACAUCAACAACAUCAACAAAUUGAAAAAGGUUGUUACGACACUGAAGAAAAAUCUUCAACCUCCAUUGCUCCACCCCCUGUGCCAUUACACACAUUAAAUAAUCCCUUUUCCACAUCACCUUCAAAAAAUUCCCAAAAACCAAAUAAAUCAUCACCAUCACAUAAUAUCGACGAAUCACAAAAACAACGAAUACAAGAAUCAUUAAUUGAAUCAAUGAAAAAAAUGGAGAAUUUAAAUAUUUAUCCCCAACAAUUUGAACGUGCUCGUGAUGUUAAAUUAAUGGACUCUUAUUCAAGUCAUAUUUGGAGUGAUAAUGAACAUAUUUAUGAAACUAUUCCCGAAUCUGAUACCGAACCAUUAUAUUCAUUUCCCUAUGAGCAUCAAAAUUGGUUACAACAAAAAAAAUUACAAAAUAUCGCCAUUAAACCAUUACAAAAUUCAUCAUCAAAAAGUAAUAGUUCAGGUGAAGAGAAAGAUAGUUCGAGUGCAUAUAAUACUGGUGAAUCGUGUCACAGUAAUCCAUUAACAUUAAAAUUACGUGAUCAAAGCGAUCAAAAAGAACAUCACAAAAGUACAUUGGUAUUGUGUGCAACAAAAAAUUCUCAACAAAAAAAUAAUACAUGCAAUUGUCCAAUGAAAAAAUCCAAUAAUCAAUUGAUGAAAAAAAGUUCCUUACAUUCACAAUAUGAUCGUGAUAAUAAUUCAAGUACAAGUACAUUGCUUGCCGAUACAAUGUACACAAAUGUUGCAAAUCUUCAACAAACAAUGAUUUUUCAACAACAAUUAUUUAAACAAGCGCUUACAAAGAAAAAUAUUGCAACAAAAGAAGCUUCAACAGGAGGGAAAAAAUCAAAAUCACAAAGACAUUUUCAAGCACCAAGUUUAUCGCAAUAUCAAUUUAUUGGCAGUCAACAGGUGUGUACAGUUAAUGCAUGGAUUCCACCUGAGGAUAAAUGUGAAAUUCAAAUGGAAUGGAAAGUUAAAAGACGAGCCGAUGGUACACGUUAUAUUGCACGUCGACCAGUUCGUAAUCGAAUACUCAAAAAUCGGGCAAUUAAAAUUUCUGAAGAGCGUGCUGGACACACUACUGAAGAUGAUACUGUAUCUGAGAUGAAGGUUGGUCGAUAUUGGAGCAAAGAAGAACGUAAAAAACAAUUGGAACAAGCACGAGAACGUAGACAACGACAACAGGAACUGAUUUUACAGCAACAACAAUUACAACAAAAUAAUGAUUUAUUGAUAUUUGAUUGUGAUGAAAAAUCGCCCAAGAAACCAUUAAAUAUCGUUGAGCUAAGUCAACGAAAAAUGGCGAGAAAAAAAAUUGUUUUAGAUGAUUUUACAACAGUUCAAGAAAUGUUGGUACACGGAAGUAAAAUGGGUUCUGGAGGUCCUGGAAGUAGUGGGAAACUAUUGGGUCUCUUAUCCGUAACGACUGUAUAACAUAUUCAAUUUCCAUUUUUUUAGAACUUUUAGAGCUUUACUUAACAAAAAAAAAAAAAAAUUAUUUUACUUAUUUUAAAGGUAAAUAUUUUUAGUUAUACAUAAGUUUGUAUAUAUCUUAUAUGUUUUUAAAACUCAAAGUUAAUUUACUUAUUUUUCACAAAAUAUACAUCGAUAUUGAAAUGUAUAAAAAUCAGUAUUAUACAAGUAUACAAAAAAAAAUACCGCUAAUGCCAUAAAAAAUCAAAAAAAUGACUGCAAUAUUUAUUAGUAAUCGUAUUUGUUCUAAAUAAUUAGAAGCGUCUAAAAGAAAAAAAAUAUAUAUAUAUUAUAUAUAAUUGAGAAUUCGACUUUAAAGUCUAAAUUUCAAUCAAAAUUGAAAAUAAUUUUUUGAAUUUUUCGCCCCGCAUGAAAAAAAUAAUUUUUUUUAGAAAUUGCUUCAUCAUAAAUAUAUAUUGUGUAAACAUCAAUAUGUAGCUGUAAAUAAUUUUGAUAUAAAACAUUUAAAAAAAGUAGAGUUUCUAUAGUUUGUUAAAGAAAAAAAAAAUCAAGCAGAAAGCACAAAUUUAGAUUUUGUACAUAUGUGUAUAUUAAAAGAAAAUUAUUAAUUAGAUGUGCAUUCCCUUGAUAUUAUAUGUAAUUAAAUUUUCUUUCAAUGUGUCAUUAACUUCUCAUUUAGUGUAUUAAUAUAUGAAAUAUAUUAAUUAUGUGUUUUUAUUAUUAUUAUUAUUAUAUAU